AAUCAUAAUGCUUGUGACCUAUAUUGUAUUUCAGUUAUGACCAUUUAUCUUCGUAUUAUAUAUUUUUUAUAUUCUUAAUUAAUUAAUCUUUUUCCAGACAUUGAAAUUUUUAAUGGAAAAAUUAACGAGACAGAAUAGAUCACAGGGCUGAUUGCAUGAUUAUUUUUAUUUAGAAUUGAGAUUCAUACUUUCUUUAUUAUAGCAACUUUACAAUAACUUUACAAUAACGAAAUUCUUUAAUACAAAUUUAAUGAAUAGUUGAAAUGUGAUUAUAUAUUUAUAUAUGUUUUGCAUAAUUAUUCAUGAUAAUUUAUUUGAAAGCACUCGAGCCACAAAAGAUGUUUCCAACAUUACAAAUAAAAAUAUCUGGAAAAAUUUUAAUUACAUUAUUCGCUUUUAAUUUACAACAUUUGUAACAACAGAAUAACGACGUGGAUAUUUUUCUACAAGUCUCCUAGUACAGUCCAUAGUCUUCCAUAGCUGUAUUACACAAUAAAGUAUAACAUUUUACGUUUACAUGUAAAAACAGAUACUAAACACAGUCAACAGCACCCUCAGAUGCAAAGUCUCGUGGAACGAGCGCGGUGUGAUUGGAAUGAAUUAAACAAUAUUCCAAAUAACGAGAAAUUGAAAGAAUAAAAAUCUAUUCGGCUGUCGGCAGAUUCAUCACAUUAAUUUCCGCGUGUAAGCAACAUAUUUUUCAACAAUCGCAUGGAAAAAGGGAGAUAUGGUAUAAGAUGUUGCAUCUGCUGUCGAAAGAAAUUCAAUAAUAUCGAAGAAACAAAUAAUCAAUGGAAUUAAUAUGUACGGAAGAGCAAUUGACUUCGUAAUCAUUAUUUUUCUACUCAAAUCAUUCAGUUCUGCAAUAAGACAUCAAAAUCAAAUAUGAAGUUCGUUUUACCGUUCAAGGUUUAUUGAAAUGUCGAAAGCAAAUUUGAAAUGGCCAUAUACAUUCUAAAUAUCAUUGGACACGCCGUCGCUAAUCGCUAACCUCUAUCGCGUAAGUAAUUAUUGGUACAUAUUUACCGAUUUACUGAUUUAAUAAUCAAGUGUCUCUAGAUGUCAUCGAAUGCACACAGUACGUGCAUUGCCAUAUGCCUAAAUGCAGGUUUGAUUCCUUCCAAAAGCGUAUUAAUCGCUUAUGUCAUAAGUUUCUCAGCUGUUAACAGCAAAGGAAUAUGCGGAGAUGAUCAUCAGCGUUAUGCCUGUCAUCGGCCUUUCGUCGCAUAUGUUUUUCUACUAGGACAGGAAGUGAUCAAUCAUAGCGAUAAUGUCUUUCAUAGAACACGAGUAAUAGAUACGUAUAGUAGAAAAGAGUGGAUCCGUUGGUCGUUAAUAGUCACAUUUUUAAUCAAUAUUGUUUAAUAAUUACCUUAAUUAAAUAGAUAUAAUAUACAAUAUUACAUGGUAACUUCAAGAGUAAUCUUCCAUCGCGAACAUCUGUUUUAGAUUAUUUAACAGAGAAUUUCUGCUUCAGCUUACGAGCAUAUCAGUUUCGUACUUUAUGAUAAUUCGUUCCACCCAUUGAUUAUAAAGCAAAAUUCAUUAGUCGAGUAUGCAGAUCCUUAUACUGCAGAUAAUUGUAUGUAAUGCACAUGUAAUAACACAGAAGCAAUUACCUUACCAAAUUAUGGCUAUUGUUGAAUAUAACAUACAUGCAAGAAUAUAUAUUAUAUUAUAUCAUAUUAUUACAUUACCACGUUUCGAUUAAUCUUUCUUCGCAGACUGCAAUUUGUUAUUAUUACAUUUCAUCUAAUUACGCUCUCAUAAUGAUAUUUUAAAAAGAUAUUGUUCGUUUUGUUAUUUCAAAAGAAGUGACCAACGCAAUUGUUUCGUGCGCGAAUCCAUAAGUAAAGUACAAACGACUCGAGGCAUAGAAGACAAGUGCAAAGAUGUCCGAAUCGAAAAAAUAAAGAUAAGUAUUAUCCCUGCUGGAUCUCUCACGCUGCCACUGAAGUGAUAUUUUAUUCAUACGUGCAAUUUACUUACUCGCCCUUAUUUUCGUUUAUUACUUCAUAAUUGAAAAUGAUUUGACAAAAAAUAAUAAAUUCUCUCUAGUAAAUUCGCGAAUAAUGACGCUCAAAUUGCAUCUAAUAUCACCUGCAAUUCUGGCGUAUUAUAAAAAAAGAAAAGGGAGAAAAAUGUCGUAAGAAAUAAAAGGCGUUAGUAAAGGCGGAAAUCUUUAUAUGGAUGCAGACUGUGAGCGAAACAGUCUGUCAGUUAUCAACCGUGAAUAUGGAUUUCGAUGGGAGUCAGUACUAUAAAUUCACUCGAGUAUUGUUAACGCACCUUGGUGUAUGGCCAUACUGUACUAAACGCGCGAAUUGCGUUCGUUCCAUAUUUUUAUCCCCCUUUCUCUUUGCUCCUUUCAUUUUUCAGUUAUCGUCGUUUGUCACUAAGGAAUACAGCGUGGAUCUUCUUUUAAAUAUACUUUCAUACGCCUGCACUUGCGUGUAUUAUGUAUUAAAAUAUUUCGGCAUGGUUAUUCGAAGCAAUGAAAUAAAACACUUUAUGGAACAAAUACAAAGCGAUUGGAAUUCCUUGCAGAAUGAGGAGGAACUUAGAAUUAUACACAGACAUACUAGAAAUGCACGAGAUUUUAUAACUAUUACGAUAACAUGUUUCUAUCUGAUUAUAUUAUUCGUAACGGUGGUAUUUCUUUGGCCUAAUAUUCUCAACAUCGUGAUGCCGUUGAAUGAAUCGCGUCGGUCGCGACAAUUUCCGGACGCGAUGGAAUACUUUAUCGAUCAAGAAAAGUACAUUUAUUUGUUAACAUUUUACUCGGUCGUGAUAGCUUUCGUCACUAUCAGCGUUGUACUAUCUAUAGAAGCAUUUAGCGUCUUACACAUACAUCACAUAUGCGCGAUGUUUCAAAUUGUCAGUUAUCGGAUUGAAUGUAUUGUGAAGAAAAACGAGAUGAAAUCGUUAAACUUAGUCCCAAAACAAUCCAACGGCUUUUACAAAAGUAUCGUGGAAGUUGUUGAUAGUCACCAAAGUGUCAUUGAGAUCGUCAGUAAUAUGAAAUCUUCUUUUGAUUUCGUCUUUUUGAUUUCAAUUCCUCUGGGCGUAAUAUCGCUGAGCAUUAAUCUAUAUCGUCUGUGCCUGUACCUUAAGACGCAUGAUAUUGGUCUCAUAAGCUUGUCGGGCUUGUUCGUUAUCAGUCAUUUUAUUUACAUAUUCUUCGGCAAUAACAAUUGCCAGAAAAUAAUAGAUUAUAGCGACGGUGUGUUCAAAACACUAUGCAGCACUCGAUGGUACGCGACUCCAGUAUACGUACAAAAGUAUCUGCUGCUAAUAAUGUGCAGAAGUAUGAAAACCUCUUCGAUUUUGGUCGGUCACAUAUUCGUGCCCUCGUUACAAGGCUACGCCACGGUAAAACGAGGAAAUGUGCAGGAAGUACGAAAGAUUAGUAUUUUCGUAUAUAAAAGACACAUGUUCUGUUUCAGCUUAUCAGUUCGUCUUUAUCAUAUUUUAUGGUAAUUUAUUCUUCUUAUGGACGUUCUACGGAUGAAACGUGUAGUUACAAUCAAUUCCUGUGAUACAACCGAUGCACAACAACAAUCGAUGCAAUUGUGAUCGAUAAGUACAAUAUUUUCGUAGAGACAAGUGUGUGUACUAUACAUGAAAAACUGAUAUCUUUAAAUCUCUAUGAAUUCUGACUCAAUUUUGUAUUUACGAAUAAUAAUUUUAUAUUGAACUGUCUA